UCACCGCCUCCAUUUUCGGCCAGGUCUUGCCUCCACUUUUCCCUUCCGCCGCUCAUCUCCUCGUCGCGAUGACCUCGCGCGAGCCCUAUUCGCAAGCACCUGUUCCGCGUCACUAGUCCCGACCGACCCACGUUCCGCCCUCUCAAGCUACGCUACGCCACCCUAGUAGAAAUAGGGGCUUCUCGGGGUCACGACUCACGAGCACUGUACAGUAUAGCGGAUGUGUACAGUAUAUGUAGUGUUGUUGUGUAUUUAGCGGGCAUCGGUUCAGCGAAACCUUUGAAUGCCGCCGAGAAUCAGCAUAGCGGAGGAACUCACGAAGUUUCGAGCUUUUCGCUCAUAGUAGAUUCCCGCCAAGCAUCUCCAGAAACCGGCCUAGCGUCGCAGGAACCUGCCUAGCGUCGCAGGAACCCGUCAGGCAUCGCAGAACCCGGCCUAGUAUCGCAGGAACCCGCCAAGCGUCGCAGGAACCUGUCUAGCGUCGCAGGAACCCGCCAAGCAUCGCAGAAACUGGCCUAGCGUCGCAGAAACCCGCCAAGCGUCUCAGGAACCUGCCUAGCGUCACAGGUACCCCCCAAGCAUCGCAGAAACCGGCCUAGCGUCGCAGGAACCUGCCCAUCGUCGCAGGAAGCUGCCUAGCGUCGCAGGAAGCUGCCUAGCGUCGCAGAAACCCGGCAAGCGCCGCUGAAACUCGCCAGCUCGCAGAACCUAGCCGAGCGCCGAAGCAAUCUGCCAAGCGUCGCUGAAUUCGACCAGGCGUCGCCGAAAUUCGCCAUCGGUCGCUGAAACCCGCCAAGCGUCGCACAAACACGCCAGGCGGCAUCGCAGAAGUCGGAGCCGAGCGUCGCAAGAGCAGAUACUCAAUAGAAUCCCUGGCGGGACGGGGGUGCGAGUGGGAAAAUCGAUACUUGGAAGACUGCUGAGUGACUGUACACGACCGUGCUUAUAUCGAGGCCGCAGAAUGGGGCGUGGGAAGAUCGAGAUUCGGAAGAUUGACAACGCGACGACGCGGCAAGUGACCUUCUCGAAGCGCCGCAACGGACUGCUCAAGAAGGCGUACGAGCUGGCCGUGCUGUGCGACGUGGAGAUCGGAGUGAUAAUCUUUUCCGCCACUGGCAAACUCUUCCAAUACGCCAGCACCAACAUGGACAGCAUAGUGGAGCGGUACCGGCGGCUGGCCCUGGAGACGGGAAAGGACCCUCGCCCACCGUGGCAGCAGCAGAACCCGCCGCAGAGCACUGGUCUUGGGGCGCAGCACGGGCAGCACAACAAGCACGGCAAAGAGAAGCCCGGCCAACUGCAGGCAAGGACGCAGCAGCAGCAGCAGCAGGAGCAGCAGGAGGGCGAGGCGAAGGAUACGCUUCAUGGAGUGCUGACCCUCAAGAAGGCAGCAGAGCCACAGCCACGCGACUUGGAGCUGUCGAGGCUUCAAGCGGAGCAAUCACGGGCCCUUGUUCCGCUGGACACGUCAGCAGAAUCAUUCGAGGGCCUGGGAUUGGAGGAGAUGAGACAGCUGGAGAAGCAGCUGGAGGCCAGCCUGUCUCGACUGCGGGAGAGAAAGGAGGAGCUUUUCAACCGAACCAUCUCCGAGCUCAAGUCUCGGCUGGAGGGUCGGAGCAAGGCAGAGGCGGCAGCAGCGGCUGAUGCUGGGGGUGGGGGCAAGGGGUAUGGGGAGGAGGAUGGGGAGGGGGAUGGGGAGGAGGAUAGGGAUGAUGACGACUGCAGUGAGGGUGAUGGCGAUGGUGAUGGCGACGCCGGUGGGGCUGUAAUACCUUCGGCAGGCGUGGGGGAGGAUGGCGGGGUGAUUGGGCUGCAUGACAGUGAUUCCGAUGCUGAUGAGGACGAUGAGAACAUGGACGAUUCAGCUGGCGCCUCUCGGCACGCCCAUGCCAUGCCGACCCAUCCGUUGACCCGCCUGUCCCGCCCGCACAGCUAUUCGCGUAACAGUUCACAUGCACAUGGCAGCACGAGUGCACAUGGCAACUCCCUUGCACCAACUCACCACUCUGCACCGCUUUUCACCGUUGAUACACCGCACCAUGCUCCGCUCUAUCCCCACCGACACUCGCUCGCACUGGCCGGCUCGGCUGCUGGUGCUGGUGCUGGUGCUGGUGCUGGUGCUGGUGCUGGUGCUGGUGCUGGUGCUGGUGUUGGUCCUGGUGCUGGUGCUGCUGCUGCUGCUGCUGCUGCUGCUAUUGUUGCCAGCUGUGACGAUGCUGCUGCUGCUGCUGCCAGCGGAGUGGCAGCGCUGGCAGAGGCAGCUCGGACUAUGGUCAAGCAGGAAGCGCUAGAGGCAGCAGCAGGCGAAACCGAAGCUGCUGCUGCUGCAGCCAUUCCUCCUGCCGCCGCUGUUCCUGCUCUCGACGCAGCUGUAGCAUUGGGGAUGGCCCGUGAUAAUGCCGAGGGGACAUUCAGUGAUGAUGCAGCAGGUGGUGCAGCAGCAGCUGUAGCAGCAGCCGGUGGUCAUGCGGAUAUGGCAGUGCGGUCAGCAGUAGGAGACAGUGCGGCUAGGGAGCGUUCCUUUGGAGGGUCGACCGUCGGGGUGUCAAACAACCGGGAUGUGAACGGUGGUAUAUCAGGCGAUGGGUAUUCAAGGGACCAAGCCCCGCUGCAAAGGAAGCGCAGGGGUGAGGAGCAGCUGACGCAGGAGAAAACGAAGCUGCUGAGAAGGUUCCAGAUGGGGCAAGGGGGGGGUGAUCAGGGGAGGGAGAUCGAGCAGCAGCAAGAAGGGAGUUGGCAGUCCAGGGUGCACGGAGGGGACUCGGCAGAGCGUGGCACGGGCUGGGCAAGUAGCGCACCUGCUCACCCUCGCACAGCCUCACUCGCCUCCAGGUGUGGUGGUGCUGCUGAGGAGGCUCUGGAGGGAGUCAGCAGGGAUGGUGUGUCUUGGCCUGCUGCUGCCGGCAUGCCGCAUGCCACGGCAUUUGAGUUGGACCGACAGGUGGGUGGAGAGAGGGCGGAGAGGGCGGAGGGGAGUGGUCCUUGGCAGCGCCUGUUCUUCCACCACCAGAUCCAGCAGCUGCGGCAGCAGGCCGUGCAGCAGCAGGUGCAAGGGCAGCAGCAGACGCAGCAACAGCAACGGCAGCACCAGCAGGAGCAGCAGCAACAGCAUGAGCAACAGAAGCAGCAAGAGCUACAGCAACAAAUGCAGCCGCAGCAGCAGCAGCAGCAGCACUUGUUGCAGCCAUGGACGCAACAGCAUUGGCUGGCAGGCUUGCGCGACCAACAGGUGUUGUUGCGAGGGGGGCAAUCCAGAGGGCAAGGAGCAUGCGGAUCUCAGGCAGGGGAGCAGGGGACAGGGGCAGAGGGCAGGAGGGAGGAGCUGUCUGCUGCGAUUCAUGGCAACCGCAUGCACACACAGCAGCAACAGCAGCAACAGCGGCAGCAGCGGGAAGAGGAUUUGAGGCAUGGUGCACCUAACAGCAGCAGUGCGCCUAAGGACAACGUCCCGCAAGCACUUGGGAAGAGGCAGCUGGGGCUCUUCUCGUUGCUCUCUGCUUCCACCAUGCCUGCUUCUCCCAUUGUGAACAGUGCAUUUCCAGAAGUGAACAGUGCACUCCCUGCAAUGAACAGUGCUUUCCCGGCAGUAAGCAGUGCGUCCUUUGCAGCUGCAAGUGCCCCACAGAAGCACAGGGGGCUGCCUCAAACCGACCUUAAUAUCGGGCUCUACAGUGCUUCAGAUGAUGAGGGCCUCACACCAUAUGAAGGGCCGUACUAGUUUUUCAGUAUUCGUUUCAUUAUUUCAAGUUUCUGAUGCGAUCACAAGGGUCCUGGCCUGGGUCUUAGAAUAAUGGAAUGAUCAGACAAGAGGAUACAGGGUGGUUUUGUGCUAGUGUGUUGUACUCUCUAAGAGCACGCACCUAUCUGGCCUAUAACAACAUAUAAAUAUAAGUUGACACU